AUGACUGCGCCUCCUCCACCUCAGCAGUACCCACCGCAUACUGGGCAGGGCCAGCAGUACUACGGCUCGGAGCAGCAAGUGGCCUCGGCGAUGCCCCCUCCGGCGGGACAGAUGGCAUCUGGCGGGCCGCCCCAAUCCGGCUAUUUCUACCAGGGUGGUUAUCAACAGCCGCCCCAACAGAGCUACGAUAUGUAUCGGGGCCAGACUCAGUAUCAGCAGGGACCUGCUGGUCCUCCUGGCCAAUAUCCGAGGAUGCAGGGUCAGUGGCCCCCGGGUGGAACCCCUCAGUACCCUCCAGGUGGCGGCGUGCCGCAGAACGGAGCUUAUGGACCGACAGGGCAUCAGCAGGGUUAUGGGCCGACCCAAGGACAAGGCUAUCCUGGCUUCUAUCAGCAGGGAUAUCCACAGGCUCCGCCGCAAGGACACUACCAAGGACCUCCGGGUUAUCAGGGUUCCACAGGGGCAGUAGGUUAUCCGGGACAGCCCCCUCCAGGAUCGGGAUAUCCACCGCCACCACAGGGUGCCGGGGCGACCUCGCCUGGACCGUCCCAGAACAAAACCCCACUGCAAUCGCUGCAAAAGAUGCUUCCCUCGGCCUCGACUCCAGGGCCGCCCCCGGCCCCGUGGCCUCCGAAUCAAACGUCGGGCACGGGACAGUUCCCAGCGCACGGAGGAUACCAGGCCUAUCCGCAGCGUGGUUCCUACUAUGCUGGGCCGGCGCAAUUCGAGACUUACCAGAACCAGCAACAAGCAGGUCCCGGUCAGAAUCUCGUUCAGCAUCAUCCCCAGCAACAGCCCCAACAGCAACAACCGCAGCAACAAGCACAGCAACAACAACAACCCCUGCAGCCGAUGGCCCAAGCUUAUCCGAGCCAGGGCGGCAGUCAAGCGAACCAACCACCGGCGAGUCCAUCGCUCGCCGGGGGCAGUAGCGGCGGUCAGAACGGAUCGUACGCACGGAGUGUAACUCCGAGUUCGCUGCCACCUCUACCGGCCAGUCCUGCGUCAUCGUGUAGCAGUACGCAGCAGGGACCGAGUUCUCACAUGGCUCCGGGCUCGAUUCCGGAUCAGCGCGCGAGUGCAACGAACGGGUCGAUUCCGUCGAACGCCGUAGACCAAAGGAGGGGAUCAGUGGAUAGCGAGACAGGCAGCUACUACAGCACAGGCAGCGCGACACCCGGUCCUCUUCACGGCGCGGCGGCGGCCCCGACCCUGAACACGCAAACUUCUCAGUCCGCGCAGAGUCUCCAGACCUCCACUCCGACCUCGUCCACGGGCUCCACAACGACGGCGACCACCACGACUACGACGACCACUACCACCACCGCUACCAGCGGUACCAACGCCAGCGGUGGCGGCGCAAGUACCGUCAGCGGUAAUGGAGGCUCGAGCACCGAUUCUUCAUCGAAAAGUCAAUCGAAACUGCCCGAUAUCGUGCCCGCCGAGAGUUUCAACCCGGGGAGUCAGAGCAGCGGGGGUCAGGGGGGCUCGCGGCCACCGUCUACCGCCGGGAGCAUAGGACCCCCACAAUCGGAUGUUUCAUCGUUAUCAGCAAGUCCGGGUCCGUCGAUUGAGCAAGCCAAAGCGGUUUGUCCUUCUCCGGGAGUACCCGGAGCCCACCCCGGGGCUCAUCCUGCGAUGCCCCCUCAAAACGCUGCAGGAAUGCCACCGCAUCAAAUGCAUCCGGGCCACUUCACCCAUCCGCACGGUCCCCAGGGUCCUCAUUUGCCCCCGCCAUCCCCACAACACCCGUACCCCCCACCGACGGCGACGGGUGCCCCUGCGCCGGCCGCUAGUCCCGCAUCUGGCUCGCCGACCAUGAGUCCUGAAUUCCCGCAGCAGAAAAAACGGGGAAGACCGUACGGGUCGAAGAACAAAAAACCUCGAACGCCCGGUGGAUCAGCCGAGAAAGCCGCGAACCCGACGACACCUUCGGGAAGCGGCGGGAGGGGGAAGCGCGCCAUGCAACAGCAACUGCAGAUGCAGCAACAGAUGUCACAGCAUAUGCAACAGCAGCAAGUGCCGCAUCCUCAAAUGGGCCCGCAACCGUCGCCCGUUCGGGGUGGACCCCAGUACCCGGCGGGACCCAUGCCCCCCAUGCCUUACGGUCAAUACCCUCAACCGGGCCCCAUGCCUCCGAUGGGAGGCAUGCCUGGGGCGUACGGAGCCGGGGGUCCAAUGAACCAGGCCGGUCACAUGGCAUCCCACGGUCACAUGCCCCAUCCGGCGAUGGGCAUGCCGCCCCAUCCGGGAAUGGCAAUGAGACCUCAGGGACCGAUGCCUCCCGGUAACAACGGUCCUCCAAUGAGCGGACAGCGACACGGGCCCGGUAUGGGACCGAUGAACGCGUCCAUGUAUCCACCACCUCCGGUCAAAGGACCCCCAGGACAACCGGGCUAUCACCCGCCUUUCACGCAUCCGGGCGGUAUGCCUCCAAUGCGACCGGGUCACCCGCAAUCUAUGGACCCACAACACGCCAAACUCGGUCAGCAUCACGGAAUCGCUGGACAUCCAAUGCCAGCUCAGUGUGGUCCGAACUCGAAUGGCGGGCUUAGGGACAUGAAGCCGACGCCUCCUUUGGAAACAUGUCCCGUUCCGGCGAUAAGCCACGCUCCUCCGCCGCCGGAGGGAGUGAAAAUCACCAAGGUUCUCAACAACCACUUGCCAAGCGUGUUGCAGAAGAAAGGAUCCGCACCUUCAGGGCCAUUCUCAGGACCGUUUUUACGUGUCAGACAAAGAGACCGUCGACCCAGUGACGUUCGGAUUGUUAACGGGAAAAACGCACAGGAAAGGACUGAAGAGAACGGAGCCAGUAAACUCAAACAAGUGAGCCAAUGCAUAGUGGCGAGUGGAGCCGGUGCCGACGUUAAUAAGAAAGCCGGCACGGCGAUUCAUCUGUCAACUCUGAGCCCCGGCUACGACAUCAUGACUAGAGACCCAUCUUGGUUAUGUGCGCUGUGUCUUAGCGCUUCUCACGAACACGGUCUCGGAGAUCUGUUCGGACCAUACUACUGGGAACGUCCGGGUACCCCACCUCUCUAUAUUCUGGAGGCAAUGCGAAAACUCGCUGUCCAAGUCAACGCACAAAAGCCGGUGCUGGUAGAUGCCAGCGACGAAGAUGAGCCUACAACAGCCAAGAGGAAGAAGGGUGGAGCCAAACGGAAGAAACCCAGUGUCUCACAGUCCGAGCCGAAUCUCACGAAAGACCAAGAGGAGAAACUGCUCGAAAGCCUGAAAGCCGAGUAUUGGAUCCACGAGGACUGCGCUUGUUACAGUCCCGGCGUGUACCUCGACUCUCGGGGGAACCUCCGUGGUCUCGAAGACGCGAUCAGAGAAGCUGCAAAACACACUUGUACGGUCUGCAACCUUGCGGGUGCUACCAUACCUUGCGUGGCGCGCCACUGUACGACCGUGCUGCACAUGCACUGUGCUCACAAGAGCAAGGCUACCAUCGAUGAGUCGAACUUCAGUUUGUUUUGCGGUCGUCACAAAACACCGAGUAAACAGCAAUCUAAAAAAUGA